AUGGGAAAAGUUUUCUUUGUCGACUGGGCGCUAUGGGAAAAGAUGACCUUUGUCCUUGCUUGCCUCAUUGUCCUAACAAUUCUUGCUGGCUGUCUUAAGUUGUGGUACACACAUCGCAAACUCCGCCAGUACGAAAAGGCCGGCCCUCAGCCAAUCAAUCGGGAAAAGAGCAUCAUCCGCAGCUUGAGCAUGCGCAAGGGCCCGAAGAAGCAAAAGCAAAAGCCAACCAAGGAGGUGAUGGUGCAAAAGAGACGUCUUAUGGACGAUGGUCCAAGUGUGCCCUUCGGUAUCCGUGCCAUAGAAAGCGGCAUCGAGGUUGACGGAGUUUGGAUCUCUCGCAACAACACGCCAGCUGGGAGUAUACGCGAGCCUUCAUCAAGCUCCUUGUCUGCUUACAAGCCAAUUCCUCAGCAAAGCCGACAGGGUUCAAUGACUGACGUUGCAAUGACCCUCACGAACAAUGGUUCAAUGGCUUCUUCAUCGAGAGAGCCAAGCCAAACAUUAUCCAUGGAUCGUUCAAUCUCUGGCGGCAGCAUUGGAAGUCAGCCUCCUUCCUCUCCAGAACCUGUUGCUUCGGCUUCUCGUCGUUACCCUCCACACUCAUACCAGAGAUAUGAGGGCAGCAGCUCCAAACACUUCCGUAACGCGCAUACCCUGGAAACUAGAGUGCCCACUGGGAUGCCUGCUGAUCCUGCAAGAAUUGUAAGCCACCAUAGCUCAUCCUCCGGUUCAUCUCGAGGUGGUAGCAGUGGAAGCAAUGAGUUGCCAGCUUCAUAUCUCGACUUCGCACGCCCUCCCCCAGUCCACUCAAGUGGCAACCCUGCCUUCGAUGAUGCACUUCAAACACACCGCAUGUCUCAAGUGGCUGAGACAGGACGUCUGGUACCUAGAAGUCGCCGCACUGGCACAUCGGCCGACUGGACUUCCUCUCCCCUGGCCUCGAGCGAGGUACACAACUUCUCUCUACCGCGCUCACAAACGCCCCCACCGCCAGGCUCAUCCAGCUCCAACAACACCUUCAAUCCCUUUACAACUCCUGUCUCCGAGAAGUACCCAGAAAUCGAGUUCCCUGAGCCGAAGACUUCUACCUCGGAACCAAAAUCCCGCCGUGGCUCGAGCAACUCCUACACACGCCCAGACCCUACUGUUUUGCGCGAGGUUAACUCAGGAUUUGCAGUGCUCAAGCCAGGAACUCUAGAAGCAGAGGCUGCAGCCAAGGAAUCGGCACACAAUGUAGCAAACCAUCACGCGCGUGCACGAUCAGCAAGUUUCGACAGCAACGAGAGGCGCCAAAGCCGCAAGCUGCAAAAGAAGCGCCGACCAAGCAACAGCUCUCACGGGUCGCAGUCGAGUUACGACGCUGCAUCCGAUCUCGAGCGUGGCGGUAUUAAAUACAGCUUCGACCAAAACCCGCCUUCUGACCACGACAUUGAACGUGGCUCGCAGAUCGAGGCGUCAGGCUCCAAGUACAAGUUCUGA